AUGGCCCCCAGGGGCUGCACGGGGCGUCCGCCUCCGCCUCCUCCGCAGGCCUGGGUCUGGCCCGGAAAGAUGCUAGCCAUGGGGGCGCUGGCAGGCUUCUGGGUCCUGGGCCUCCUCACCUAUGGUUACCUGUCCUGGGGCCAGGGCUUGAAGGAGGAGGAGGAAGGGACCUUUGGAGCUCAAGCUGGAGAGAGGCCGGAGCCCAGCCCAAGUGCCACCUCCCAGCCCCAUCUCAUUUUCAUUUUAGCCGAUGAUCAGGGAUUUAGAGAUGUGGGUUACCAUGGAUCGGAGAUAAAGACUCCUACUCUUGACAAGCUUGCUGCGGAAGGCGUUAAACUGGAGAACUACUAUGUCCAGCCUAUUUGCACACCGUCCAGGAGUCAGUUUAUUACUGGAAAGUAUCAGAUACACACCGGACUUCAGCAUUCUAUCAUAAGACCUACCCAACCCAACUGCUUACCUCUGGACAAUGAGACCCUACCUCAGAAGCUGAAGGAGGUUGGAUAUUCAACCCAUAUGGUUGGAAAAUGGCACUUGGGUUUUUAUAGAAAAGAAUGCAUGCCCACCAAGAGAGGAUUUGAUACCUUUUUUGGUUCCCUCUUGGGAAGUGGUGAUUACUAUACCCACUACAAAUGUGACAGUCCUGGGAUGUGUGGCUAUGAUUUGUAUGAAAAUGAAAACGCUGCCUGGGACUACGACAAUGGCAUAUACUCCACACAGAUGUACACUCAGAGAGUGCAGCAAAUUUUAGCUUCCCAUGACCCCAGAAAGCCUAUAUUUUUGUAUAUUGCCUACCAAGCUGUUCACUCACCACUGCAAGCCCCUAGCAGGUAUUUUGAACACUACAGAUCCAUCAUCAACAUAAACAGGCGGAGGUAUGCUGCCAUGCUUUCCUGCUUAGAUGAAGCAAUCAACAAUGUGACCCUGGCUCUAAAGACAUAUGGUUUCUAUAACAACAGCAUUAUCAUAUACUCUUCAGAUAAUGGCGGCCAACCCACAGCAGGAGGAAGUAACUGGCCUCUCAGAGGCAGCAAAGGAACGUAUUGGGAAGGGGGGAUCCGGGCUGUUGGCUUUGUGCACAGCCCACUUCUGAAAAACAAGGGAACGGUGUGCAAAGAGCUUGUGCACAUCACUGACUGGUACCCCACUCUGAUUUCACUGGCUGAGGGACAGAUUGAUGAGGACAUUCAACUGGAUGGCUAUGACAUCUGGGAGACCAUAAGUGAAGGCCUUCGUUCACCCCGGGUGGAUAUUUUGCACAACAUUGACCCCAUUUAUACCAAGGCAAAAAAUGGCUCGUUGGCCGCAGGCUAUGGGAUCUGGAACACCGCGAUCCAGUCAGCCAUCAGGGUGCAGCACUGGAAACUGCUCACGGGAAACCCUGGGUACAGCGACUGGGUUCCCCCGCAGUCUUUCAGCAACCUGGGGCCGAACCGGUGGCACAACGAACGGAUCACCUUGUCCACUGGCAAAAGUAUCUGGCUUUUCAACAUCACAGCGGACCCGUAUGAGAGAGUGGACCUCUCUACCCGGUACCCUGGAAUCGUGAAGAAGCUCCUCCGGAGGCUCUCACAGUUCAACAAAACCGCGGUGCCUGUCAGGUACCCCCCCAAAGACCCCAGAAGCAAUCCUCGGUUCAAUGGAGGAGUCUGGGGACCCUGGUAUAAAGAGGAAAACAAGAAAAAGAAGCCGGGCAAAAAGAAGACUGAGAAAAAGCAGAAGAAAAGUAAGACAAAGAAGAAAAAGCAGAAAGCAGGCUCCUUUCCAAGUUGCUCUUCAGGUGUUGCUCGAGGAUAAGUGCAAAUUUUUGACUGGGUAAACUUAAAUCCACUCUUUCUCCUGUUUUCUAGGCAAACCAGCAAAGU